AUGAGGCGGGAACAACUCCUACUUGGAUUUUCUCGCAGCAAGGGCGCUUUGGCUUCUUCUCCGCAAUGGGAGACACGUUCCUGCUCGCCCGUUGAAGAGCAGAGCAUCCCUCUUGUUCACAUACCGUCAUCAGGGUCCGACCAUUCUGCUUCCAUCUUUCGACACUCCUCGGCUGGGGUGCAGACCACCGUCCCUCCUCCCGAUACUCGCUCAACAGCCAACGCCACUCACGGAACUUUUGGGGGAUGUUCAAAGCGCGGCGGACCUUAG